ACUGAGAGAGAGAAAGAGAGAGAGAGUCACAGUCAGUGAGUCCGUGAGUGUCCGUGGAUCCGCGCUCAGUACGCACCGCGCCGCGCCACGCUCGCCAAACGGACGCACACACGGAGCCGGAGAAGCGGGAAAGAAAAAACGAGGACUUUAUUUGGUUCUUUCUUGUUUGAAAAAAAAUAAUAAUAAUCAAGCCACCGCGGUGCGGCACCGCGAGGCUGCGUGACUCUGCAGCGGGGAGGAGGAUGAUGUUGAGCGGCUCCGUCGGCUGUGGAGUGCGGCCAGUGCGCGCCGCGCUGCUCCGCGCUCAUCAGGUCGCGUGAAGAACGGACGCUCCGGUUCUCCAGCGCCUGGUGUUCUGUGGGUGUGUGUGUGUGUGUGUGUGUGUCGUUUCUGUGGAGAACCGUGGACUUUUUCACCUUCACUCUGGACAUUUUAUCCCCACACCUGCUCUGAUUUGUGCAGCCACUGAAGACGUUUUUUCCCCCUCUCCAGAACCACAGCAGCUCCAUUUGGACUUUUUUCCUCUUUCCACUAUGGGACCUUUUACAAAGACUCGCUGUGGGACAUUUGUCUGUGGACUGGAAUGAUGAGAGACAGGACAGAAACUGUCACAAAUCCACAGUUUUGAUCGUUUUUUUUACCGAGUUUUUUUUCUUCUUCUUCGUUUGUUCCGCGUCAAGUUCGCUCUGGAGAAAUGCUCACAGAAAAACUUUGGAUUAUUUUAAACUCUCACACACAGCGAGUGAAAUAAAACACUUGUUUUAAUAUUCGGCUGAGUCGUCAAAAGACAAAAAAGAAGAGCGGUAAAAGUCAACGCUUUAACGCGAGGACAGGGACACAGUUUGCGUGCGUAUUUGGGAGCCAGUCUGUCCCCCCUUCUCUCACUGCGCGUCCUUGGAUAAAACAAAAACAAUCGAUCCACAACAAUGAGAACUUAUCUGACGGAAAACUGGCAAACUGGCCGUCAUGUGGGAUUAAUUGCAAGGGAGUAUGUUUGGGCUGGAGCAGUUUGGUUCUCAGAUUAAUAGCAGAAACCCUGGCCAGUCAGAGAGAAGCGUAAACCAAGCGAGACUGAACAUGGGAUCUCAUUAUAAGAGCCCAGCUUUCCACGCUGGGGCCCCGUCGGGAGCAGUGGAGCCCAGCAUGGGCCCCAUGAGCGAGCCGCAGAUGCUGGGGCUCAACAUGAACAUGAACGGAGAGCAGCAGCAGUACGGAGGCUUCCACCCGCGGGGCCAUACGGACAUGCACGCAGGCAGCGGACUCCAGCAGCAGCAACAGCAGCAGCAGCAACAAGGAGCCAUGCAUGGAUUCUUUAACAACCAGCAACCUCACCAAGGACACCCCCACCAACAUCACCCCCACCAACAUCACCCACACUUCAGUGGGAGUUUCGGAGGCCCAGAGCCGGGCUCGUCAUGCCUGCAUGGCGGCAGGUUAAUGGGCUUCAACAACAAUGGCAUGGGACCACAGCAGGGAUUCGGAGAAGGAUUUGAUCCUCUCACUGAGGGACAGGCAGGAGAUGGCUUCCCCCAGCAGCAGCAGCCGCCGCCACCACAGCAGCAGCAGCAACGGCCUGGUAACAUGCCUGAUUUUCAACAUCACGGGCCUCCCAGUGGAAGCCACGCUGUCCCUGCCCCCUGCCUCCCCCUGGAUCAGUCCCCGAAUAGAGCAGCCUCCUUUCACGGUCUCCCUUCCUCCUCAUCCUCCUCUGACUCUCACGGCCUGGAGUCCAGACGGAUGCCAAACCAGGGAGCCGUGGAAGGAUUAGAGUACAACUUCCCAAGUGAGCCACCAUCUGGACAUUUUGAUGUACCCGUUUUUUCCCCUUCAGAGUCAGAUUCUCAGUUACCCCAUUUUGGGCCGGGAAGGCCAGUUCCAGGCGGGAAUUUUCCCGGGAACCCUGGCAUGCCACGGACACCAGGAAUGCCAGGCAUGUCCAAGGUACACCAGCCGCCGCCGCCGCCACCACCACAGCAGCCUCAGCACGGAGUGUUUUUUGAACGCUUCGGAAAUGGCCGGAAGGUGCCCGUGGGAAUGGAGCCGGGCGUUAAUACUAGACAUCCCCUCAUGCAGCAGCAGCAACAACAGGCCAACUUGAUAGGCAGACAGAACUCGUGCCCCCCUGGCCUCCCCCGACCCCCUCAGGCUGAGCCCGGCUCUGCUAACCCGAACAUUCUGGAUGGUGGGGUCAUGAUGCCUGGCCAACACAACCAGUAUGAAUAUCCUAUUCACAGACUAGAAAAUAGGGGUCUGCACCCCUAUGGGGACCCGAUGUUUAAUAUGCAACAGCCAGCUCCUCCUCCUCCUCCCUCCCAGCAGCCCCCAAAUCAGAGGCUUCAACACUUUGACUCUCCUUACAUGAACAUGGCAAAAAGGCCUAGAUUUGACUUUCCUAAUGCACACGGAGGCGACGGCUGGUGUGGCGGCAUGGAAAACCACCUCUCCCCCUCCUCCUACCCUGGCCUGCCUGCAGAGUUCACCCCACCUGUGAGUGAAGGCUUCCCACCGGGUCCACUUCAGCACCCAGGGCCUGAACAGCAGUCACUGCAGCAGCAACGUCAGAAUGCAGCCAUGAUGAUAAAACAGAUGGCCUCACGCAAUCAGCAGCAGAGGAUGCGGCAGCCGAGUCUGCAGCAGCUGGGUCACCACGGCGAUGUGCCUCCCGGACCCAUGGCUCAUGGCGGUCCUGUGGGGAACAUGCCUCAGCCCGGCUUCGACAGGGAGAACGGCGGCAGGAUGCCAAACAUUGACGGACAAAAUCCCCACGUCGCUCAGGAGAACGCCUGGUUCCAGGGGUCCCACCCACCUGGAGAGAUGAUGUCACGACGUAUGGGUGGGGCAGGAAAUGAGUCGGGACCUCACGACAUGGGGCUACAGCAGAACGGCGCCGGGAUGAUGUUCAGGCCAGGCAUGGGCAUGCAGGAGCCCAUGCGAAUUCCAGGCGACGGACAUGUGCCAGCUCUCCAUUCCCCGGGCAUGCACUCGCAGUUUAGCGGCAACAUGGGCAACCUCUCACAAAUGCAGUCUCCAGGAGCAGGAGCAGGCCAUCCUAACGCACCAGCAGAGAGGCGGCCAGCUGACUUCCCCACACCUUCAAUGGGAGCACAGCCUACGUUUCCCUAUGGGGGAGCAAACCGUCAGGGGUCGGCCCACAACGCUCCCCAGGGGGUGAGCACCUCACCAGGGAGCUACCCUCCUCAGCCAGAGUUCCCCUCAGGCCAGCGGUCGUCUGUUAGCAAGCUUGGCUCACUUUCCCUGGGGAACUUCAGCAAACCCAGCACUAAAGACAGUGUUUUCGGGCAGAGCUGCCUGGCAGCCCUUUCCACGGCCUGCCAGAACAUGAUCGCCAGCCUUGGUGCCCCCAAUCUUAACGUAACAUUCAACAAGAAGAACCCUAAUGAGGGCAAGCGAAAACUGAGUCAGACAGAGCAGGACAUUAAUAGCAGCACAUCUAAUGGGACUGGCAGUGCUGCUGGUGCUGAAUAUUUUCAGAGCAGCACUUCCCAGAACAGCCAGAUGCCUGGCACUGGGAAUAGCAACUCUAAGCCUGCAAGUCAAAGCCAGACGGUGCAGGGGGAAGCCAGUGCCCUCUCCCCAAAUUACAACAUGGACGCUACCCCGUGCAGUGAGGGGAAGGCAACAACAGGGAGUGGGAGAGGGAGAGGGAGGAGAAAAAGAGACAGUGGACAUGUGAGCCCUGGGAUUUUUUUCUCCUCUGACAAUGGUAACCCUGUUGUAAGUCCAGGCCAGCAGACCCCCUCGGCUGGCGUUGGGGAGAGGGGUGGGGGCACGCCCCAAGAGAAACACCUCCAAUCACCCUCGUGGGGGAAAGGAGGUGACCUAAUGUUGGGGGACCAGGCCGAUUUGAUGUCUUCUUUGGACAGUGGCAUUCAAAGUGUUGCCAAGUCUGACGGGAGCUCGCCACGAGUGGACUUUCCUGACGAUGUCAGCACCCACUACGGCAACGAGGACGAGGUGUCCUCUAGCUCGGACGCAGGAGGGGCCUCGGGCGCUAAGCCCAUGAUCACCGGCUCGCCCAAAAUGCAGAGGAGCGAUCACGGGUUGAUAAAUGGACAGAAGCCCCUGAGCAUGGGCAUUAACAAUCACACUACCUCGACACCAGAUAGCUAUGGACUGAGCGCUGGUGGGGGCACAGGGGCGAGCGGGGUGAGCCACCCAGGCACUCCCGGCGUGGAGCAGGUACGCACCCCUUCCAGCACCUCUGGCCAAGACGAAAUCCACCCUCUGGAGAUCCUGCAGGCCCAGAUCCAGCUGCAGCGGCAGCAGUUCAGCAUCUCUGAGGACCAGCCGCUGGCCAUGAAGAACGGCAAGAAGAGCGGCGACUGUGCGUCGCAGAACGGAGACACCGAGCUGGCGAGCUGCAGCCCGGACGCGGGGAAGGGCUCGAUGGGCACUAUUGACCUUGACACGCUCAUGGCGGAGCAGCACGCCACCUGGUACGUGCCCGGCGACAAGGCCAUGAUGGACGGGUCGGAGGACGACAAGGCCAUGGGACCCUGGGACAAAAACAAGAGCCAAAACAGCAGCAAAGAAGAGUCGGAACUGAUCCAGAGCAAGACCGGAGCCGGAGCCCCGGGGGCCGGCGGUGGAGGCGGGAGCAGCGGAGGGAACCACCUGCAGUGCCUGUCCGUCCACUGCACAGACGAGCUGGGCGACAGCAAGGGCCGCGGGGGCCCCGUCUCGUCCUGGCGCUCGCUCCACUCCGACAUCUCCAACCGAUUUGGAACGUUUGUGGCCGCACUGACUUGAACUGAAAGAUAAAAAAAGAUUUAAAAAAAUAAAAGAGCACGGCCGAGCAGGAAGACGGGACAGAAGAUUUACGAGUUUAAACGCGAGUGAGAGAUUGAGAGACACAAAAACACGGAAUGAUGAGGUGUUGAUGAGGCAACUGUCUGCCUGUUCAGGGAGAGAAAGACACUCAAACAUGGACAACACACACACAAAUAUACACACAGACACACACACACAGACAGACAUACAAACACCAUGUUUUUCCGAGACAUGCAUUCACACUUUAGGACGCUCUCUUUCACUCACUGCUGGACUCUGCAGCUUGGGCUCUACUCAACUCAACCACGCCCAAAUUUGGAAAAAAACCUCAAAAUCAAUAUUUUUCUUUCUUUGAUUUUCUUUGUUGAAGAAAAAUAAGGAAAUGUGGAAGAAAAACAGGGGGAAGAAAACGAAACCGGAAGACGAGAUAUUCAGUUGCCACUGGUUUGUGAUUGUACACCGGUGUUGAGUUUACGUUCACGCAGCUUUUAUUAAUUUACAGAAAUCUGUAUGUUUCCCCCCCAUCCAUACUCUAAUUCCACUGUUUCUUUAGAAGGGAUUUGACCAGCGAGAAGCAGACCUUGGCAUCAUCCACACUAAUACAUUUUCAUUUAAAAACUACGUCCACAGCUCUGAAAACAGAGAAGUCUGAAAAUUCUGGGGGCUACGUUUGGAAUCUGGACGGACAGAAACGACCUUUGACCUAUGAAUAUCGGAAAACACCAUUUUCAAUUGAAAACACAGUAGUGUGGAUGGAGCUAAAAUAAGAAGAGAUUAUACAUGAAUGUAACCCAACAUCAUUUUUUCCCUUUUUUUUAAAGCUAAUAUUUGCUGGUCGUAUCAUUUAAGAUUUGUUUUAUUUCUCUUUUUUAUAUAUAUUGGCCAAAAUCUACUUUUCUUACGCAACUUUCUAAGCUCAACCACUUGUGUACAAUUCAUCCAGCGGGAACUGAAAACGGAUGUCAAGGGAUGGUCUAAUAAAGGGAAUCGAACAAAAAAGAGACUAUUGGUAUUGCACAUGUAUAAUAAGAGAAAAAUUUGCUGUGUGUUAGGCAAUCUUGUAAUCUUUAAAUAAAGCUUCUGUUGAAUUUGAAUUUCCGAAACAAUAGAUGGAGGACUGUGACGGCAAUUUACAAACUGAUUUUUUUUUGUUCCUUUGUUUUCUUUUUUAAUAAUAUGUAAAGUGCAGUCGUCUGUUUUCCUGCAUAUUGUAUAUAUCUGUAUAUGUUUUAUUGAGUAACUAAAUAACAAUAAAUAUGACGUUAAAGGUGGAUUAGUGUUUAGUCUGGCACUUUUUUUUCCUUUCCGGUUGACUGUAAAUUUGGUAUUCUGUGCACAACGGAGUAGGAAAAUGUACGUACGUUGUGGGUCAAGACAACAAAGUGCUAUAUGAAUUCAGACCAUUUGCUGUGGAAAACACCGUGUACCCUCAUGAUCAUUGAAAAUUUGAGCUUUGAGAAUCUGAGAAUUUGAACUAGAUCACUAAAAACAAAAGCUAAACAAACUCAAAUGACAUUUACAAACAACAUUUAAAUGAGAAGAUUACAAUACUUUGACUAACUCUAAAAGGUUAGUUCUAAAAACACAUGUGUGACAACCUAUAUAGAAAAUAAGACGUACACUAAAGAAGUAGCAGCUAGGUGAUUCAUGGCUAAAACAUCCAAUCCUGGUGGAUUAAGAAGUCCGGAUCUCUUUGUGAUUCUUGUUUUUAAUUUUUUAUUGUUAAAAUUGUAAUUUAAUUCCAAAUAUUGAAUUCUUUACACCCGAUCGACCUAGCAAAAGAUGGACGCUAACAAUGAUGACCUUCCAGGCAGGAAAUGUCUAUUUAAAAUGUGAGAACGGCAAGUGUUAGCUGUUUGUGAAUAACCAAAACAUUUAUGUGAGAGGCUAACCACUUCUUUGGCUAACCGGGGAGCUAAAAACAUGCAAGUGAGAAAGCUAGCUAGAACUUUGGCUAACUGGAUCGCUAAAAACAUGCAAGUGACAAGCUAGUGCUUCUUUGACUAACUUACUGGAUCACUAAUAACAUACAAAACAUAUACUUGAGAAGCUAACUGAUAACUAAAACCAUGUGUGCGAGAAGCAAACUCCGACUUUAGCUAACUGUAUAAGUAACACGUCAGGGAGAAGCAAACUACUACUUGGCUAACUUAUUGGAUAGCUAAAACUGGCAGAAAGUCCAGUGGACUUAUUUGAAAACCUCCAUUAUAGUCACAAUAGAUCACAAUGAGUAGUUUUAGUUAAUUGUUUUGUUGUAGUUGUUUUUUACAAUUAGAAAUACAGUGUUCAUAUGAUAUAGUGUUUUCUGUGUUUGUCUUUUGGCUACAGCAAAACACACACACACAAACUUGUUUUUAUAUCUUACCAACACAACUGUGUGCCUAACCCUAUACCCUUACCAUAAACUCUUAGGCGCUUUAUCGUUGUGAGGAUUGAGACAAAAUGUCCCCACAAAGAUAGAUGUGUAUGUUUUACUUUGGACCUCACAGAGCUAUAAAAACAAGUACACCUCU